CAGAAUCUUCACCAUCUGGAUUUCCAUUUUAAUUUAUUCCAGCACAGCCCACCUCCCAGCAACGCCCACUCUGCUGUAAUUGGUCCCACGCCCAUAUAAGGACGUCAACAGCUGGAUGGAGGCGGUGCCAAGGUCCCAACCUUCCUUCAGGGCUCACAUCCAAAUACGCAAACAGCAUGAUUUAUUCCUUCAUAUGUUUGAAAAAGCGUGAUGAGUCAUGCCGCUAAAUUGGAAGCAGGAAGUGGCAAAGGACGAAUGUACACGUGGAACCCAGAUGAAAGUGAAGAUGGUAGCAUCGUCAUGGAAGAGCCGGCCACCACUUUGAAUGGGCCAGCCAACAAAGCCAACAUUUAAACAGAAAAAGGUCAAGUGAUGGUUUGAUUUAAAUCCUCCAGCUUUUAACAAGGCGUAUACUUCAUAGUCACUUAAAAGUGGGCCAGGGACUACUGAUGUGGACACGACAUCCCAGCAAGCACGGAUAAAACGACUUCAAAUGUGCAGCUUGGGCCGGGCAAGGCCCACAGCAGGAUCACAUUUGCCCUUGGAGUCGUCGAGUUUGUCUUUCAAGAGACCCGAUUAGUGGAAGAACCCGCGGUGUGAAUUUAAGCCCGUCUUUGCAAGUCCGUGCAAGGUUAAAAGAGACGUCAUGUCGCAAGGUUAAGUCCAGUGAUGUUGUCAAAAAUAGCAACAGGUCUCAUCCUGACCCUCCUCAUCCUCCUGACUAUCGGCGGCAACGUUCUGGUGUGCCUGGCGGUCUGCGCCUCCAGACGCCUCCGCUGCCUCACCAACUGCUUCAUCGUGUCGCUGGCGGUGACGGAUCUCCUGCUGGGUCUCGUGGUGCUCCCCUUCUCUGCCCACCUGCAGCUGACGGACGACUGGCCGCUGGGUCCGGUCUUCUGCAACUUCUACAUCUCCAUGGAUGUCAUGCUGUGCACCGCCUCCAUCCUCACCCUCCUGGCCAUCAGCGUGGACCGCUACCUGGCGGUGACCAUGCCCCUCAGAUACACCUCACUGGUGCUGCCGUGGAGGGUCGUGGUGGCCAUGGCGAGCGUCUGGACCGUGUCGCUGGCCGUGUCCUUCCUGCCCAUCUACAUGGGCUGGAACACGGUCAACGGGACGGUGCAAAACUACGGGCCGCGUGUUCCCGAGAGGACGUGCCGCUUUGAGCUGAACAGGCCUUACGUUUUAACCGACUCUCUCCUCACCUUCUACCUGCCUCUGCUGGCCAUGUGCUGGACGUACCUCAGCAUACUCCGCAUCGCGCGGGCGCAGAUCAAGCGCAUCAUCAGUGCCCGGCCCACGUGCGUCACCAGCUGCAGCUGCGGGAGCAACCAAUCCACCGUCACCACCGUGGUCUCCGGCAUCCCGGCUUCGGCCCUGAGGGAGCACAAGGCCACAGUGACGCUGGCGGCAGUCAUCGGAGCGUUUGUGGUCUGCUGGCUGCCUUAUUUCGUCCUGUUCACGGCGCUGGGCCUGCAGGAGCACCCCGACCCAAACAAAGUGCCGCAGUUCCCCAUCGUCCUGUGGCUGGGUUACGCCAACUCCGCCCUCAACCCGAUCCUCUACGGAGCCCUCAACAGGGACUUCAGGUCGGCCUACGCUCACCUACUGAGAUGCCGGUGGCCCGCUUACAGCAGGUGGCGGAGCAGACAUCCUUCUCCCAACGUAACGGCAGCCAGAGAGCAGGUCAUGGAGGUGACGCUGCUAUGCGGACACAUGCCCACCAGCUGCAGGGCGGGUCACACGGACCAGAACUUUAUGCUGCAAGAAACAAACAGAAAGACAAACACAGCCGUCACCCACGUUGCAAACGAUGCAACCAACACAGAUUUGAGCUCAGGUCAUGACGAGCGUCUGCUGAUCAAGGACAUCAGACCAGACAAAAGCAUCAAGUCAAUCAUUAAGGCUUUUCUGACUGGAAGCUGCCAUUGCAACCAUACUGAGGACCACCCACCCGAUGUACUCAUCACCGACACUCACUGGGUAAUGGACUCAAAUGGAGGACCCCAGCAACUCAUCGGACAGAAACAUCAAUGUGUACUUAAUCCCUCCUCCAUUGGACAAGAAGGGGGGAUUCAGUAUUAGAAGGAGACAAGUUCUUCUUACAUUUUAUGUGCUAAUGCAUCCUUUCAUCUACGAUGGCGGCAAGACUCUCCUGAGUGCAUCCCUGGAGGACCUAACAAGACCAUCAUGCAUGACAUGAAGCACAAAAAGUACUGUUCGAUUGGAAGCCUCGUCAAGAGUGCCCUCUAGCGGUCGUAGGAAGCAUUACAAGCUAGAGGUAGUGGAAUUUUAGCAUACACAAAUAAGGUCAAUGCAUGUGCACUUUUAUGUAACCUUACUGACUUGUUGGCAUGUUGUCCAAUGGACUGUUCAAGUUCAAAAAUAAAAGGGAGUAACUUUCAAGCUUUCAAUGUAAAUAAGAUGUUACAUAACAUAUACUUGCCAUUAUACGGAUGCAAGCAGGACACUCGUUGCUCGUCUAGAGCUGCAUGAGCUGCAGUGCAGAGAAGCUCUUCUCCAGCAGAUAUCUGCAGAUGUGUGUCGGACGGACGGCACGUUAAUCUCCAAUUCAAGCUUGACAAAGUCAAUCAGAAACACAGCAUGCAUCUUCCGGCAGGGUAGCAAGCCAAUAGCACAGGCCAGAAGGUGGUGCAUUCAUGGACAUUAGGUCAUUACAUUAUCUUUUUAUUCCUCCCCAUAAUGGCCCAUAAUCCUUAUAUGCUGGUGCAAAUCCUUCCAGUGAUAAGAAAAUGCCGCAUACCGGUAGAAGUGAUAUUUUGUUGAUGCCAUGUUGUCCCUGUGAUGUACU